AUGCCUGAGACAAUCAUCAAGUCUGCCAACGCCAAGAAGGAUGCCAUCAAUAAGUUGACGGACAAUGGAGUCAACACUCUUGUCGCAACCAGCCUGAUUGAGUCAAAGUUCGACGCUCAAGCUCGUCGUCGUGACGCAAUGGCCGGGCAGCCAGAGAACAAGAAGCCUCGGAAACGGUAUGCCGGUGUCUAUGUCGACAUCGUUGACAAGAAUAGAAGAACGGUUGCCAAGGGGACCAUUCGUGUGGACUGGGAUGAAAACAAGGGACCUCACAUCAAUGUCUCCAAAGGCAACGACAAGUUCGCCUUCAUCGCCCCUUCUAUCCCCAAGACAGAUACGGAACUGCAGAUCAACCAACAGAAGGAUGCGUUGACGGAUGAUGUGGAGAAGAACAUGAAGAAGGACAAGAACGGCAAUCCGAUUUCUGAGGCUGCGGCCCUUGGGAAGGCCACUGCGAGGUUCUUGCACAAGGACUUUUGGGAUGUGAAGAGCGUCUCGCAGACUGGCAAGCGUCUUUGA